CACACCUCAUCUCAAUUGAGCCCCACAACGCUUCCCGCACUCUCAGACCGCACGCAAUGGCAUCUUCACGUCUGGUACUCCGCUCCUCGAGAGCCGUGCUCAGCCUAAGCCGCUCGUCUCGCCCUUUCUCCGUCUACGCAGCCCGCGGCAACGAAUUCGAAGCCCUUAACAAGCGCGCGCACGACACCGCCGAAGCGCACCGCAAGUUCCAAACCGAGAAGCCGCUGAACCCACACUUCACUAACACUAACUCAACUAUCCAUAAUGAGAUGCCGAGCUUGGGUGCAGACGCUCCGCCUCCGGAGAUGAUUAGUUCGGCAGAGCCCGGAUUCACGCCGAAAGACGCGGUGCCCGAGAAUACGGAGCGCAUGACGGGUGGCACACAGGGCAGUAAGAGCGAGGAUGCGAGCGGGGCGAAUAAGAAGUUGAAGGGCACGAAGGAGCUCGGCGUGGGCGAGCUGGAGGGCGCCACCUUUAAGGUCGAGCCGUUGAGGAGGACGGGAGAGGAUGAGGCGACGAUGCGUGCGAGGUUAUUAUAUCAAAGCCGGAAGAGAGGCACCCUAGAAAGUGAUCUCCUUCUUUCCACCUUCGCCGACGCCUACCUAGCUUCCAUGACCCCUGAGCAGCUCCGCCAAUACGACCUCUUCCUAGACGAAAACGACUGGGAUAUCUAUUACUGGGUGACGCAAGAGCCUUCCCCGACUUCCGUGGAAACUGCCGAGGGCUCCUCCCCUGACUUAGCCUCCCAGUCCGCCCAAGGUAAACCCAAGGAUGAGUGGAAGAGGGAGCCUGCGCGGGGCGAGUGGGCGCAGACAGUGGGCACGUUCAAGCCGGCGUAUCGACCAGUGCCGCAGAGGUGGAAGGACAGUGAGAUCUUGGCGAUGAUCAGGGGACAUGUUCAAGAGCGGAGUGCUGGCGGUGUGAGCGAAGGGGACGCCGGGGUCGAGGGUAAGGGGUUGAGUCAGGGCGUUAAGGGCACUGGUGGUGGUGGCUUGGGCAUGAUGCCUGAGAUAAAGCAUUUUGAUCAGUAGGCACUGCAAACGGCGUAAUGGUCUGUAUGUUUGCUGUAGCAGUUAGGUGUAAUAGUAUGACCCAGCGCCCUGUGCGCCAGCAUGUUCCAAC